AUGUAUGUGAAAUGGUUUGAUACAGUAAUGGAAUACUAUGUGAUUUUAGUGAUUUUAGUGAAUGUCACUUUUUGUCAUUUUUGAAUUUCCCGCUGUUCCGUCCCCGCCGUACAUCCCGACGCUCACAGGGGACGGAACCCAGAUGACAGAUGCCGGCAUCCGCCGGAUUACAUUGUCGGGGACACUGCAGGAGGGACAUCGUGGGAGAGCAGGACAAGGUAAGUGAUACAGGGAUCGUGGAGCAGCGCCGCAUGGUAUUCCCGAGUGUAGCUCGGGGUUACCGCUUUUGCUACACUCGGGAAUACCGCCAGGGAGGU